GUGGUUGAAUUAUCGCCUCCAGCUGUGUCAAAAUAUUAACAAUGUCCAUAGAUCUUGUAUCCAGAAGCCUUGACCUUGAUGCAGCCUUAGUCACGUUCAACGAGAGGUCGGAUCCAGCGAGGACAACAAGCCGGUCCUGGCAACCUCGUUGUUGAAUGCGACACCUACUGUACUACAUGCGGCUAAACGUAGAACGAUGCACCUUCCUGAUUGGCAGUUAACUUUAGUAAUGUGAUGUCAUCACAUCCGGGAUACCCACAGACUAUUUUUAGAAGGCUGUGGAAAUACCAAAGAUCGUGUAGUAGAGAAUCUUUGGAGAUACCACAGGGAACGACAUGUUGGAGCCAACGAUGGCUGCAAAAUCAGGAAAGAAAAAAAAGGGAUACACCACAAAUGAUGCUAUGGAACUCAUCAAGACUAAUCGUCAAGGAGUAUGGAAAGAGCUUAGAAAGUUACAGAAAACCCACAAGAAAGAUGUGAUGGAAAAGAGAAAGAAGAAAAAGUUCAAAUCUGCUAUUGAGUUGUACAAAGAACAAAAUGAUGUUGACUAUACAGAAGCAAAUGUAGAAGCUUUGCAAAAGAUCACAGAACUCGGAAAAGUUCGGGAUGAAGUAGCAGAGAAGAUUUUAUACAAGCAGCCUAACAGGUUAUCCCGGGACAUCAAAGAGAAGGAGGUUGAGGAGGAGGAGAGCACAGUGUUCACAGAGGAAGAUUUCCAGAAGUUUGCACGAGAGUACAGGCCGAAAUAAUGUACAAAUUGCUCAGACAGACUGCGUGGGGAUUAGGAGCACCAGUUUGCCAGGGCUGUUCACUUAUUGUCUGGACUGUCAGAAAUGCAGGCUCGUGCAUUGUUGGAUUUGAAGUGUUUGACAUGAUACAUGAUGUACUUAUUCAGGAUGAAGGAACAACGGCAAAAUUUUUUUGUUUUAAAUCUUGGAACCAAAUUUUAGAUUUGAUUGAAGCUGAGAUCUGUACGGGGUGUCGUGAUUUGGGGGGGGGGUGCCUUGUGUGUAUACGUAAUCGAAGUCAUGCCUUGUUAUUGUAUGAAAUCGUGUGCUUAUUGCACGGGUAAUUACAACUGUGAAAGCCAUCUUCAAGAAAACGAGAACUUCAGCAUCACUGCAGCCUGCGCUCCCCCAGUCUGUCCAACUCUGACUCUAUGCCUGGCCCUCCAGGAAAUCGCGGUCUUGAGACCGCACUUGCGGCCGCGUUUUUCGUUGAGUUCCGCAAUAAUGGGCCCAGCUCAAGCCUACUGAGUGUACUCUAAAAGCUAUAGCUCUAAGUCUAACCGGAAAUUCAGGCCGGAAUACAUCAUGUACAACACGAACUGAGACAUAGGCUAGGCCGAGAAUGUGGUCUUCUUUGGGCUAGGCUUUUAUCUAAUGUGUGUUAGCAUGCGCGUGUGAUAAGAAAGUAGCUGUGUGCGUGUGUUAGGUGUACGUGAGUGUGUGUGCGUGUGAGUGCGCGCUCGUGAAUAUUGUUCGUACAUGAUGCAUGUGUCUACAUACACGGUAACCGGGCACCUAGUCUCAGUAUCUACGUACACGGUAACCCACCGGAAUGAAGAUUAACCGAUAUUUGUCCUGUGCUGUCACUUGUUGAAAUAAAAAAAAAAGAAAGUUAUACACGCGUCUUGUCGGGCUCGCCAUCGUUACCGGUCAGUGAACCUGUGCUCUCGCAUCACAUUGUGAGUACCGGUUGGGGUCACCAAAGUUCAUUCAAAGUCUGUGCGCUAUGAAGUAUACAGUAAAGGGCUCUAGAAUGGGAGAAUAAUUGAUUUUUUUUUUUUAUGUACAGUCAGGGGAGGGCUGGUGUUGAAGGCAACACCGGAUGACAAAAACUGAACUUGGAGUUCUUAACUGCCCGGUUACCGUGUACGUAGACACAGAGGCUAGGUGUCCGCGUACCUUGUGCGUAAACACCCCGUUAUGUAAAACGCCUUAAGCUGCGUUCACACGGGAGUGGUUGCUGUAGAAAUGAUCUAGAUCUACAUUAGUACAUGUAUUACUAUUGUUUAUAAAUAU